AGGAGUGGUGUGCAUGUUGCAAGUGCCCAACCUAUGCGCCAGCCGCGUUAGGACCCUUGGGCCCCUCGCGUGUGCACACGGUGCGCGUGCGCGGCGUGAGAACCGGUGCGCACAUCGCACGUGCACGUCGUGGGGGGAACGCGUGCGCGUAAGGUCGCACGCGGGUCUGGUGCGGCGCGGCGGCCGGGGCAGUGCGCCUGUGCGGCCCGCGCAUCCCGAUGGAGCACCGCGGUGCCUGCGGGGCGGCAGCCGGGACGGAGGGGACUACGCGGGCCCCCCCGCUUCCCGGGAAGAUGGCCGAGCCAGGCGCGGUACGGACCUCGCCGCCCAACCACCGGCCUUCAGGCAUGGAUGGAUUUUUAAAAUCCGAUGAGAGACAACGCCUAGCUAAGGAAAGACGAGAAGAAAGAGAAAAAUGUCUUGCUGCCCGGGAGCAGCAGAUCCUGGAGAAACAGAAAAGAGCCAAGCUGCAGUACGAAAAGCAAAUUGAGGAGCGAUGGCGGAAACUGGAAGAGCAGCGGCAGCGCGAGGAGCAGAAGAGGGCUGCCGUGGAGGAGAAGAGGAGGCAGAAGCUCCGGGAGGAGGAGGAGCGGCUGGAGGCGAUGAUGCAGUCUCUGGAGCGCACGCAGCAGCUGGAGCUGAAGAAGAAGUACUCGUGGGGACCAUCACUGGCCUCGGGGACUGGAGGACGCGACGCAUGUGACAAACUUUCAACAUCAGCCAUGAAUUUACCAAAGCAGACGGAGCCUCCCAUGAGUAAGCGCCUGUCUUCAUCCACCGCGGCAAUAUCCUAUUCCCCAGACCGAGCUCAUCGCAUGCACCUUAGUCCCAUGGAAACUUUUCUUGUUAUGCGACUGUUGACACCCACACAGGCUUCUUUAGCCAGAAGCAGAAGUGCACUCAUGCUCUCUGAGCAGGCCGGUGACUCAGUAUCCCAUGCCUGUCCUCGUCUAGCUCCUGCUGGUGGCCCCCUUAAGUCUUCUUAUAAGUCUUCUCCCACUCGAAAUGCUGAGAGGAAGAAGACUACAUCUACAUCUGGCGUGGGAGAUGCUGGGAAAGGAGCCCCUGCCGGAGCAGAGGCCUCUCCGACGGAGAAGAUGAAGAGGGGGCCUCGAACAACAACUUCCGUUCCCGGCGUGGGCCUCAUGUCCCCUCUGAAAAGAUGCGAUUUUCCAACAGGAGUUUCUAAGAGGUCAUCUUCUCCCGUGACACCCAAGGCAACUCCAAAAGCCUAUCCACAGUCUCCAAAGAAUGCGAAGCCGCCAUACCUAGGGUCUCCGGUGAAGUACCGCCUUCCUGCCUUUUCUGGCCAGGAAACACCCAAGAAGAAAGCAGACAAAGAGAAGAGCAACAAGGAAAGGGAGGGCGCCCUGGCUCAGCAGGCGGCCGGCCUGCCCGGAGAGGAGGCCCCAGAGAAGCACGUGGCGGACAGGCACGCCACCGAGAAGCACGCGAGCGGGAAGGCCGAGGGCGCUGGAGCCUCGUGGAAGCCCACAGCGGGCACCACUGAUGCAGGAGAGGCCGCAAAGAUCCUGGCAGAAAAGAGACGACAGGCCCGGCUGCAGAAGGAACAGGAAGAGCAGCAACGGCUGGAGAAGGAAGAACAAGACAGGCUGCAGAGAGAGGAACUGAAAAGAAAGGCAGAGGAGGAACGACGUCGCCUGGAAGAGGAAGCCCGUAGGCAGGAAGAGGAAAAGAAGAGGCGGGAGGAGGAGGAGGAAAGGAAGGCGGCGGCGGAGGCCAAGCGGAGGGCCAAGGAGGAGCUGCUGCUGAAAGAAGAGCAAGAAAAGGAAAAACAAGAAAAAGAAAAGCAAGAAAAAGUUGUGAUCGAAAAGCAGAAGGAAGCAGCAGAAGCAAAGGCCCAGGAGGCAGCUAAACAGAUGCGUCUCGAAAGAGAGCAGAUCAUGCUGCAGAUCGAACAGGAGCGGCUGGAGAGGAAGAAGAGAAUAGAUGAAAUUAUGAAGAGAACAAGGAAGAGUGAUGUGUCUCUGGAGGUGAAGAAAGAAGAACCGAAAGUGGAGCUUCAGCCUGCUGUGUGUGUGGAAAAUAAGAUAAAACCAGUGGUCCCUAGCAAAAUAGAAAUCAAUGGAUUGAACACCUGCCAGGAAGUUAAUGGUGUGGAACGUGCUGCCCCAGAAACUUUCCCUCAAGAUGUUUUUGCUAAUGGACUUAAACCAGCUGGGGGACUUGUUCACCUGGAUGCCCUGGAUGGGAAAUCAAACAGUCUGGAUGAUUCCACUGAAGAAGUUCAGUCUAUGGAUGUGAGUCCUGUUUCAAAAGAAGAGCUUAUCUCUAUCCCAGAAUUUUCACCAGUGAAUGAAAUGAUUCCUGGGGUAUCUCUGGACCAAAAUGGAACUGGUAAUGCCCGGGCCCUUCAAGAUCUCUUAGAUUUCACUGGCCCCCCCAUUUUCCCCAAGAGAUCCAGCGAAAAUCUCAGCCUGGAUGACUGUAACAAAAACCUGAUUGAAGGAUUCAACAGUCCCGGCCAAGAAAAUACUCUGAACACCUUCUGUUGACCGUUACAUCAUCUCCUUAAUGCAAGGUGGUGGUUGCAGAACCCGCGAAGCUGCCGGUAGUCCGGGCGGAGCUGCUGGCCCUCUGAAGAAGCUUCUGUCGUCCUUAACCGCUGGAUUCCAAAUUAUUAAAGCAAAGCGUAACUGCAUCUCCUAGUUAGUAUGUCCGACACAGGCCCCUCCCAGUAGAACCUCGAGACGCUGGCCUUGUCGGGCUUUCGCGCAGUUUCGUGUCCGGUUAUCCCCACGAGCUUCAGCUGCUGAUACAGCCCUUCCAUGCUACUCUCUUGCCAUAGUGAGCCUCUGAAUACCCCGAGUGAUUUCGGCUUGGAAAUUCACCUCAUGACCCUUCUUAUUCCCAAACCUGGAGCAAAUGAACAUUGAGAUGUCUGUUCUUGUAAAUACUCUAGACACGUACCCAGACUCUCCUUAAACAUAUACCCAACCUGGGCUGCGCAUCUCCCCGCCUGUGUUUCGAAGGAGAAGAAAUUCCAGAGGGUCUCCCCAUCUCUGGGGUUUCUCUGCUGAAGUUGCCAUCAGGAAGCUGGCUUUUGUUAUUAAGCUCAGCCACCUGCACAGAGUGUCGGCCCCCCUUACCCCUUGGACAGCCGGCGGCGGCGGCGCGGGUCUGGUUGCGGGAGGGGCCGUUGGCCGGCGUGGAGCGCCGCCCGCCCUCCUAGGCCCGGUCUUCUGAAUCCCGCAAGGACCUUUCGUGUUGCACCUCAGAACCUCCAAGCUGUAGCCCCUCCAAACCCUCGAGCGACCUCUGGGCUGAAUGAAUUGGGCAUCUCCUGCACAGGUGGUUGCUUUUCAUGUUGUUGCUGUAGUUUCUCUCUUGGAUCUUGGGGCUUCUGUUUGUUCGUUUACUCAACUCGAAUAAAGGCAGUCACGAAUGAAAAGCAUGGCGCUCUGAAUCAAGGGGGCCCUGAACUGGGCCCAGCGUGUCACUUCAGCCGCCUUUAACUUACAAACAUCCGGAUGGGGACAAAUGAUGGUAGAAUGUAUACGCCACAUGUUUUCUGCCGUGUGACGAUGUGUUUUCUUCAUUUCAUUUCUUGUGGUGAAGUGUGACUUUCAGAUUAAAAUAACCUUUUCUUCUUUGAAAGCUUUUUUGUUUUUUGGUCUUGUAUGAUAAAGAAUUUGAAAAGAUCCAUAAUUCUGACCGAGGUUUGCAACCAGGAGAGAAAAAGGAAUCCUAAUAACAAUCUUGUUUAUGUGCUUUUAAAACCAGCUGCAGUGUGAGACUGUAUUAGUUAUGGAAGCUGUGUAUGUUUGUGUAUGUGUAUAUACUAAAUAAAAUCUAUGCCUCCAGUAACACAGUGCCAUUCAUUGAUCUUGGUGAAUAUGGGAGGAAGCUCCUUUCGUGACAAGCACACAGAAAAUCAUAGCAUGGUCUGACUUUCAAAAAAUGCCCUGCCGUCUUUCUCACACGCCCUGUUUUGCUGAAUGUCUGUUUGGUUGUGGUCUGUUGUACCUCACAGAACCAUUGUGAUUGUGGCGAUGCCUCAUUUGCAUGACGUGUACAUGGUGUGUACUGUGAAAUACAUUGUCACUGAAGCGUC